AUGUCGAACCGAUACGACCGGUCGUACCGCGAGGGCAACGGCUACGGCAACUUUGGCCGCUCGGGCGACGACUACAGAUCCGGUUACCAAGAUGGCUACGGAAGCGACCGCUAUGGCACGCCGCCCAAUCUCCAACAGCCGCGAGCGCCCCCGACGCUUCGACAAAUGCCCUCCCGAUCGCGUGUGCCGCCAGAGACGAACGCCGAGCGACAGAUCACCGAGGUCUUGGAUCACAUUAAGAGGGAAUGGCCUUCGAUGUGCCAGGACGACUGCGUUCCCGUCCAGCUGGCGUUGCAGCUCCUUGACAGCAGCUCGGUUGGCCGCGCGCACGAGUACAGCCAGUUCCAGCAGUCACACAACUACCUGCAAGAGUCCCUAAAGGGUAUCGUCCAUGAGCAUCACCAGGGCUUCAACAGUUCGAUCGGUACCUUCCACAAGAUCCAGAGCAGCAUCCAGCAGUCCCAGAAGCGGGUCCGCGCGCUCAAGGAGUCGCUGGCCAACUCCAAGACGAGCCUCUGCGCCACGGAUCCAGAGCUGAAGAAGCUAUCCAAGACUUCACAGGAGUUUGAUACGCUUGUGCAGACUCUCAACGAGCUGGAUGACCUACGAGCGGUGCCUGAUCAGCUAGAGGCUAGAAUAUCUGAGAAGCGGUUCUUGACGGCAGUAGAAGUGCUCCAGAAUGCGCUUCGAAAACUGAGGAAACCUGAGCUGGACGAUAUUGGUGCUCUUAGCGACUUGCGGAGCUAUUUGGCCAACCAAGAGACAGCUCUGAUGGAUAUUCUUGUGGAGGAACUGCAUGAGCACCUCUAUCUCAAGUCUCCAUACUGCCAGGAGAGAUGGCAGAACCUGGCCAAAUCACAGGGCGCCUUUACUGAGGGUUACGUGGAUACGAAGCCCAUCACGCCUUUCCAUGUUAUUCUUGAUUCUAUCGAUGUCGACAAGACAUUGACAGAGGACCCUAUGAAGAAUCCCGAGGCCGACACUUUUUACUAUAUUGGUCUGCUGGUGGAAUCUUUGAACAAGCUUGGUCGAUUACAGAACGCCGUGGAAACCCUUAAGCAGCGGCUACCAGUUGAGCUAUUUGGAAUCGUCAACGAGACUAUCAACGAGGUGGACCAGCGACACCCAAGUUCGCUGCGAGGAGGAUCAACCAAGGGCGAUGGACUGCAUGUCUAUGGUACCCGCGAGACACAUAUGCGAGCAGACGUCAUUUAUGAUCUUCUCUGGUCCCUGUACGGCAAGUUCGAGGCGAUCGGAGAAGGCCAUCGUGUCUUUCACGAGUCUAUCAAGGUCCUUAUUCGACGAGAGGGUGCUGGUAAUAACAGCGCUCUUCUCGGCAGCUUCAAGGAGUUGUGGAAUCUUUACCAGAACGAAAUCAGGUCUCUGCUGCACAACUACGUCACAACGGACGCAGAUGUCUAUCAGUUCGACUCGCCAAACCCAGGAAAUGCACUCAAUGGCAAAAAGGAUAUUCGUGAGCAUCUGUUCAAGUUCUCAGAGGCCAACACAAAGUCUAUUGUAAUGACGACCGAGUACGACGCUCUGGACGGCAUCAUCCAAGACGCUGUUCCUGGUCUGGGCUCACGAAAGGACAAGAAGCACCGAAACGCGUACGAUGGAGGCAGAAAGGGAGGCGACGCCGGUUAUGGAGCCAGUCACCAAACGACGGGCUCGUACAAGUCUCUGGUGGAACCUAGUGUUUUCAACAUGAGUCUACUACUACCGCCCACGUUGGUAUUCUUGCAGAGGCUCAAAAACAUUGUGCCUCCUGGGUCGGAUCUCGCGGCGAGCACGCUUACAACAUUCUUGGAUAACUUUUUGGUCAACGUCUUUCAGCCACAGUUGGACGAGACCCUGACCAAGCUAAGCGACACUGUGUUUGGAGAGGUGGACGCCUUCUCGCAAGACCCGGCCUGGAGCCAGGUGGCGCGCCGGCCUGUGUUCCGAGGAACGACGGCCUUCUUUGAGGUUGUGACUGCGUUCUGUCGCAUGCUGGGCACGAUUCCACCCGACCAAGCACUCAGCUCACUGAUUGUGACCCAAAUGAUGCGAUACUACGACCGCUGCUUCAGCUGGUACAAGUCGCUUGUGGUUAAAGCUCAGGAGCAGUCUGGAGAGCUUGACAAUGGCAACCUAAGGGCUUCCGCGCGGUUCUCACUGGAGCCAGGCGAUAUUCAGGAAACAAUGAAGAGGUUGUGGACGGCAGAUGAGAUGGACUGGGAGUUGGCAGAAAAGGAGAUACAUCAGUUGAUGGAGCUCACAGAUGAUGCGCCUCUUGAGUCGGGGGAUAUUAUUCAGGACCGAGAUUCAAUCUCGUCGUUCUGUCUCUUGUACACCAGCAUGAAAUGGCUUGCAGUCAAGAUUGCAGGCUUGCGGCAAAUCACGAUGCACGAGACGGACACGUCACGGCAGCAGAACCUUCCUCGACACUCGAGCCGCCGAUGGACUCUAAUGAAUGACCCGAACAAGGCCACUGCCGAAGAUGGUCCCGUGUCACUGCCGCUGACGCAGGAGACUGUGCAAGCGUUUGACAGCAUCGUCUCGUCCUUUGAGGAGCUGGCAGGGACAGCACUGCUCACUCUUCACAUGGAGAUUCGGUGCCGCAUAGUGCACUCGUUGCGCAUCGCCUUGUCACCCCAGGUGGCACCAUACCUCCUGGAUCAGGAAGUGAGCGAGCCUGAUCCGCAAAUCCUAAACCUCAACUCGGAACUGGUACUCUUUGAUGAGACGGUGGCCAAGUACCUUCGAGACAAGGAGAUUGCCUUUAUCAGGACUGGCCUAGGUCUUCUGAUCAACUGCUACCUGGUGAGCAACGCCUGCAAGGCAUCGCCGAUGAACGCCAAGGGCUGCGGACGGAUGCAACUCAACAUCUUGGUGCUGCAGCAGAACCUCAAGAACGUGGAGGAGGGCGUGGACCUGGCACGGGCAGCAAACUACUUUUCACUGUACGAGCAGGGGGCGGACGCGAUUGUGGAAAAGGCAAAGGAGGACAAGGAGCAGCAGCGAGGCAACAGUGCGCAGGACCCGGACAACUUUUCGUACGACGAGCUCAAGGCGCUCGUUGAGCUCUGCUACAGCGAGGCGAUGGCGAACCCAGAGCGCGGUAUCGCGUCGGCGGCUCAGAGGCAGAUGACGGAUAAGCUGCUGGGGCUGAGCGAGCACAUGUGGCAGACAUAG